AUGCUGCUAUCCUAUCUGCGUCUCUGGAGUCACUGGCGUCGGCUUGGGCCUUGGGGUGUCCUGGACCAAGAUUCAGGAUUUGGGGGGCUUUACGGCCUCGUGCUUCGUAACAUCAAGAUGUUUAAGUCCGCGUUUUUUUUCCUCCUACUUGUCAGUUGUUUGCAACUGCGGGAAGUGGCUGGUGGUCAAUCGAAGAAAACAGGCGCCGACAAACAUCUAAAAAAGACAGCCGACCCAGGAACACCACUCGAGGAAGCUUCCUUAAGGGAGGAGAAAGCCGGGUUGCAGCAGGUGCCCCUCGAAAAGAAGACCUCCUCCUCCUCGAUGAAAGCCGCUCCGGAGUCAGGCAAGGUCAUGUCAGACACUCGAGCCAAAAAGGUCAAGCCAGGGGUCAAGAGCUCUGGAUUUUCCUUCGCGAAAGCCGAAGAAAGGAGAAAGGAGAAGAAGAAUAAAGAGAGGACAGAUGCUCUGGAUCUCACUCCUCUUCUCCACCCCAAGAAGAACGGUAAAGAGGCUGAGGGGGGGGAGGGAGACGACAGGGACGACGCCGUGCCUUACGUUAAAAUCCCCCUGUACAAGAAAGCGACGAAGCCUGAUAAACGACAACUGGGAUCCUGCUUUACCAGUGACGGCAUUAUGUACCAAACGGGGGACACUUACACUGAUAACUGCAUUCUCUACAUCUGCCUUAUUGACGAGGGGUACCCCUUGGGAACAGACGGAUCAUGUUGUUGGGGUGAGGAUAUGAACUUACACCCAGACGGUUCUACUUACGAUGUCUACUGUCAAACUUUCCUGUGUGAUAACGGGACACAGAUUAUCACUAACACCAACGUCACCGAGUGCUGCAUAGAUAUGAACGGGCAAUGGCAUGAGGAUGGAGAAAUAUUUUCCGUGGGCUGCAAGGAGUGGCAGUGUGUUCAGGGCAUCGCGUCGGAGACAGGCAACCCAGCUGAGUGUUGCAUCGGUCCCGAUACCCUGCCCCGUUUCAAUGGCCAGACCUUCACUGUCGCCUGCCUAUCUUACACGUGUGUCGAUGGUAUGGUGCUCCCUUCGCCUGCCCAUGUCACCGAGUGCUGCACAGAUGAGCUCGGUCGCUGGCACGAAAAUGGAGAGACGUUUUCUGUUAACUGUGUUGAAUAUUAUUGCUAUGAAGGGAUAUCAAUGAAGAAUCCUGCAAGUCAUGCAACCGAAUGUUGCAACGACAUCGACGGGAACUGGUACGCCAAUGGACAGACGUAUAUUCACCAAUGUCAGGGAUACACUUGUCUGGGAGGAGCGUCUGCCUAUCUGCCUGGGAUGGUACAGGCGUGUUGCGGGACACAAGACGGGCGUUGGUAUCGAGACGGAGAAAUAUUUACGGAGAAUUGUGUCGAGUAUAUGUGCCACGGAGGAUUUAAAGAGAGAGUACACCAGGGUUAUCAGUCUGUAUAUAAUUGUUGUAGCGACGUGGAUGGGAAUUGGCACGCGAACGGAGAGACCUACGUGUACAUGUGCGACGCGUACCUGUGUGAGGAUGGCACUUCGAUUCUUCAGCAUGGAAUCGUGGAUAGAUGUUGUAUGGAUAGCAUGGGCGAAUGGCAUGCAAAUGGGGAUUCGUACAGUGACCAGUGCAAUCAGUUCGUCUGCAACAGCGGCGUUGCAGCGUUCUCGCAUUACCCGGCCCACGACUGUUGCAAGGACUCUACGGGUAACUGGCACCAACAUAUGGAGACUGUAACGGUAGGGUGCGAAGUAUUUAUCUGCAUCAAUGGCACCAACACAUGGACACCUGGGCACGCCGAGGAAUGCUGCGCGGACAGUCAGGGCAACUGGUACACGACCGGAUCUAUUUUUCAAGACCAAGGGAACGAGUACCUUUGUGAAAAUGGAAUUUCUGUCCUCAUAAACGAAGGCGUUGGCAGCACUGUGUAGGAGGAGGAGGA